UGUACAUAAUUAUACCAUGCGCAGAUCGAUUGCGCUCGUUUUCUUAGGGGUAUUCAGCUACUUUUAGGUAGUAUUACCAGGAAGAAAAAUACGUCUAACGUAUAUUAUCGGUAAAUCCUGAAUACGGCAGAGAACGUAACCUCUCGCUAAAUGGACCGACCAGGCGCGGUGUCCGUGUCAGCCAGACUCACCCAACACCUAAACCAAGAAGUUUCUUUCCGCCCACGUACCGUCAACAACGUCCUGAAUUGCGAGCCUCCAUAAUCCCUCGCAAACAUGGCGGUUGGAAAGAACAAGAGAUUGUCCAAGGGCAAGAAGGGCCUCAAGAAGAAGGCCCAGGAUCCCUUCACCCGGAAGGACUGGUAUUCCAUCAAGGCUCCGGCCCCGUUCAACAUCAGAGAUGUCGGCAAGACCCUGGUGAACCGAACCACCGGUCUGAAGAACGCGAACGAUGCCCUCAAGGGCCGAAUCUUCGAGGUUUCCCUAGCCGAUCUACAAAAGGACGAGGACCAUGCGUUCCGAAAGGUCAAGCUGCGUGUGGAUGAGGUCCAGGGCAAGAACUGCCUGACCAACUUCCACGGACUGGACUUCACCUCGGAUAAGCUGCGAUCGCUCGUGCGAAAAUGGCAGUCUCUCAUCGAGGCCAACGUCACCGUCAAGACUACCGACGACUACCUCCUCCGCCUGUUCGCCAUCGCCUUCACCAAGCGACGGCCGAACCAGAUCAAGAAGACUACCUAUGCCGCCUCAUCUCAGAUCCGCGCCAUCCGGAAGAAGAUGGUCGAGAUCAUCCAGCGGGAGGCCGCCACCUGCACGCUACAGCAACUGACCUCUAAGCUGAUCCCCGAAGUGAUCGGUCGUGAGAUCGAGAAGGCAACACAAGGCAUCUACCCGCUCCAGAACGUUCACAUCCGGAAGGUCAAGCUCCUGAAGGCGCCCAAGUUCGACCUCGGCGCCCUGAUGAACCUGCACGGAGAGUCUACGACGAACGAAGAAGGUCAAAAGGUGGAGCGGGAGUUCAAGGAACGGGUCCUGGAUGAGGUCUAAUUAUGAUGAACUCUGGUCAUGGUACGGCGUGGGUUUUUGUGCAACGGCAAUAGGUCUCACUUACUUCUGAUUGCAUUCGGCGCGGCAUGGCAGCUGCGGUUACAGCAGCCCCUCAGGACAGAAAAAAAAAAUGAGAAAGGUUAGCUGAUGCUUACGGACGUGGCGUACGUGAUCCCGGUGGUGGCGGCGAAUCCAUUUAGGCGGAAUCACGAGGACGGCUUCUGCCCGGAAGCACCGGCUCUCUCCUGGCUCUAUCCGUCUGCACGACGGCUGCCUACCAUCAGGUGGGCUGACAGAGGAUGGCGGCGGGAUAGACAGUCAUCCAGAGUCGGCGAGCAGCUCUCGAAAGGGGAUGUGA